GCAGCUAGCCAGUCGGGUUUCAAGGAAUGGCCGCCUCCAGCGAAGAAUCGGCGACUACUACUUUUGAAUCGGAGAAAAACCUGCAAAUGCUCACAGAUUGGCCAUUCAAUUUGCUGGUUCUUCGAGCUACUUGUACCGAGCUGCAGUUUUAAUUAUUUUAGCCUGAGCUAAAUAAUCUCGAAUUCUAAACCGCUGGGAAUUUUGUCUGGAAUUUAAAUAAUGGGCGGUGGUUUCCUGAAACGAGCCAACACUGAGAAGCUUCAUGAAAUCUUCAACAAGUAUGCGUCCAAGGAGGUGGAGGGCGAAAAAUAUAUGACCCCCACGGAUUUCAUCCGUGGGUUCCUAGGUCUCUUCCCUGACAGCAACUACAACGAGGAGUCGGUCGGCUUGCUCGGUGGAAUUAUUGACACCAGCAAAGAUGGGCUCAUUUCAUUCCCUGAGUUCCACGCCUUCGAGGGGUUGCUGUGUGUACCUGAUGCGCUGUAUAAGACUGCCUUCCAACUCUUUGACACCAACGGAAAUGGAAUGGUUGCGUUUGAUGAGUUUGUUGAAGUGAUAAAAAAGACAAAUCUCCAGAGGCGAAUUCCGUUUGACAUGAAUGGAGGUUUUGUCAAGCUCUACUUUGGAAAAGACAAGAAACGAGUGGUCAGCUAUGCUGAGUUCAGCCAGUUUCUGCAUGACUUUCACGAGGAGUAUGCUGUUGAGGCUUUCCGCAGGUUCGAUAAGGAUGGAACCGGUUUUAUUUCCGCUCUCGACUUUCAAGACAUCAUGCUCAGCAUCAAGAGCCACCUAUUGACGAAAGAAGUGCGAGCAAACUUGGUUGCUGCUGCUGGAGGAGGCUCUGGAGGGCACCGCGUUAGUUUCCCUUUCUUCAUGGCUUUCAACUCGCUCUUGAACAACAUGGAGCUCAUCAAGAGAAUUUACCUUAAUGCCACCAACGGAAAUAGGAAUGCCGAAGUAACAAAAGAGGAGCUUCUCCAGUCUGCUCAAAUGAUGUCGCAAAUCACCCCGUUAGAAGUGGACAUUCUCUUCCUGUUGAUUGACCUUCUCCACCAGACUGGCGUAAUCAUGGAAAAAUUUGAAGGAUCCAACUACAAAUUUUGCUCCGGUCGCAUCGUUUACAAUGAUUUGCAAGCCAUCGCACCCGAGCAAUAUUUCAAACAAAUUACGAAGCGCCUCGCUGAAAUCAAAGCCGUUGACAGGCCUGAAGACAGAAGUUUAGUAACCAUGUUUCUGGAGAGCGGGUACAGAUUCACCCUUGGUUCCAUCGGUGGAGCUGUUGGUGCUACGGCCGUUUAUCCGAUAGAUCUGGUCAAAACGAGAAUGCAGAACCAACGUGCUGGCUCCUUCAUUGGUGAGCUGAUGUACCGUAACAGCUUUGAUUGCUGCAAGAAGGUCAUCCGUCACGAGGGCUUCCUCGGUCUCUACAGAGGUCUGGUCCCACAGCUGAUGGGUGUCGCUCCAGAAAAGGCCAUUAAGCUGACGAUGAACGACUUGGUACGCGACAAAUUCAUGGACAAAAACGGCAACCUUCCAUUGUAUGGAGAAAUCAUUGCUGGUGGCUGCGCUGGCGGCUCUCAAGUUAUCUUCACAAACCCACUGGAAAUCGUGAAAAUCCGACUUCAAGUGGCAGGCGAAAUAGCAACGGCCUCCAAGAUCAGUGCUCUAUCUGUGGUCAAGGAGUUGGGCUUCUUUGGCUUGUACAAGGGUGCCAAAGCUUGUUUCCUGCGUGAUAUUCCGUUCAGUGCUAUUUAUUUCCCGGCUUAUGCUCACAUGAAGGUCAAACUGGCUGAUGAAAAUGGCUACAACCACCCGCUCUCCCUGUUGGCGGCCGGCGCUAUUGCUGGCGUGCCCGCCGCCUCCCUUGUUACUCCGGCUGACGUGAUCAAAACGAGGUUACAGGUCGUGGCUAGAGCAGGACAAACAACAUACAAUGGAGUGAUCGACGCGGCCAAGAAGAUCUACGUAGAGGAGGGCAUGAAGGCUUUCUGGAAGGGAGCCACAGCUCGAGUGUUCCGAUCAUCGCCGCAGUUUGGUGUCACCCUGGUGACCUACGAAGUCCUGCAGCGCUUGUUCUAUGUCGACUUUGGUGGAACACGUCCAACUGGAUCGGAGCUGCAAGUGCCGACAGGCAGCCUGGCUGACGAGGUGCGCUCAACAAAUCCAGACCACAUCGGCGGCUACCAAGUGGCGCUGCCCAUCCUCGCCGGCAUCGAGACAAAGUUCGGUCUUUGUCUGCCCAAGUUCCGGAUGGGCUGAGCCUACAGUAUUACUCUCCUCACCGAUCGCGAGCAUAGUCUGUCUAAUGGAGUUUUAGUUGCCACAGAGAAAAACAGAAACGAUCACACCCACACAAACACACACAUCUUGAGGGAGGAAGGAAGCAAGGCAUCGUCAUCAUCCCGUCCCGCACAAAUCGACGAGAACAUUUUUAAAAAGUAGCUCGACCCUGAUUUUAAAAAUUCACUUACAAACACACACAAAAAUUGCCUUGUACAAAUAGAAGGGACAGUGAGUGAACUCUCAAAGAGUUGAUUCUCUCCUGCUGCCAAACGAGUUGAUUCUACAUUUGUUUUGACCGCUGGUUCGUAUAAUUUUUUAUCACCUACUCGUGCGGGUUGCCAAAAGCAAAAGGAAGUAGGAGCAGAACGCUUGUGGCCUCGUCACAAAUCUGUCGUUUUAACUUCUCAAUCUUUUAACUUAAACCUUUUGCGGUCUCUGUGACUGUAAGUAAUCACGAAAAUGUGGGUUUGAUCUUUGUUAAUUUGGAACGUGCAGGUCAUGUAGUGCAAUUUGUUUCCUCCAUCUUGUGUUAGUUAGUUGGAGAUUCAGAAGUCCUAAGACACUGUUGCAAUAUUUUCUGCUGUAAUCAUUAUUUAAUGCUAAAAGUUGAAUCACGUUCUAGAUACCCUCUGCACAACGCAGGCCGAAAUACUGUGUCAGUUUGGUGAAAUUACUAGAGAUAAUCGAAUUUAUUUUCAUCAAACCGGAUAUUUAAUGCUUUGAAAGCGUUUCAUGACGAGCAGUCUCUUGCUCGACGCUUAUUGUUAUCUUUCACGUUGUUGCUGGUUUUUCCCGUAACAAACGAAAUCCUUAGCCAUUUCCAUGCAAUGAACAUUUGCAUUUCGUCCGCUUGCCCAUAGCACACAGCAACAAAUGCCUUGGUUUUCUGGGGUUUCGGUUGCCACUUAACACGAGAAGACUUCUCGCAGGCUUAUCUUCAACUCCGAGACGUAAAUUAUUUCACUCUUUCGCUGGAGAAAGAGUUAUCAUCUCCAGGAAAAUGGCAACCUUCGCCAGAUUAUUUCCUGCCUUACUUUUGUAGCUUAGACGAUAGGAUGCUCUUUACUUGCUUUAUUUCUCAGCAUUGUGUCGCCCUUCUUGCUAUGACGUAAUUUAUUUAUUUGGUUGUAAAUAAAUCUCAUUUUCCCAAAUCAAAAAUACGCUUUGUUGUUGCCACAAAAUGAUUUUAAGAUAGUGUUUAAGAUGAGAAUCGCUUUGCAAGCAGGUUUUUUUGUCAUGGCAAGGUGUGUGACUAUAUAUAUACUACGAGAAAUGGUGAAGAAGAGUUGUUGAACAGUAAAUUAUAAAAUUAAUAUUAUUGAAUUAUUUUCGAGCGAAUGCCAUCAGUAUAGACGGAAAAAUAAUAAUGUUUGUUUCAUGUGGCUGGGUUGGAGUCAUGUGUAUUUUUACCAAGACGAGCUGCUGAGUAAGCAAGAAAUAAUAAAAGUUGAAUAACAAAGUUCAAAA